AUUUGCAGGAGUCAUCUCGGUGACGUCCCUUCGCGGGCAGUUGCUUUAACAUGACAGUUAAUAUGAGCUUCUUAACGACAUAACGAAUAAUUUGCAUUCAGAUCGGAGAGUUUCUAUCAUGUCAGGGUGAACGGAAGCUGUGCUCGAUCCAGUUACACAUGCUCAGUUAGUUUUCGACGCACUAAACUGUCAUCAUGUCGUUUCUAGUGGACUCAGUCAUUAUGUUCACCUCACAGGUUCUGUUCUUUGGUUUUGGCUGGUUGUUCUUUAUGCGGCAGCUGUUCAAAGACUAUGAGGUGCGGCACUAUGUUGUCCAGGUGGUUUUCUCUGUCACUUUUGCAUUUUCAUGCACCAUGUUUGAGCUCAUUAUCUUUGAGAUUCUGGGUGCCUUAAGCAGCAGUUCCAGGUAUUUCCACUGGAAGCUGAAUCUCUAUGUGAUUCUGCUGGUUCUAAUCUUUGUGGUGCCUUUCUACAUUGGUUAUUUUGUUGUCAGCAACAUCCGCCUAUUGCAGAGACAGCGGCUUCUUUUUGCCUGUAUGGUGUGGUUUACCUUCAUGUAUUUCUUCUGGAAGUUGGGAGACCCAUUCCCAAUCUUGAGCCCGAAACAUGGGAUUUUAUCCAUUGAGCAGCUAAUCAGUCGUGUUGGUGUGAUCGGAGUCACUCUCAUGGCUCUGCUGUCUGGGUUUGGUGCCGUCAACUGUCCCUACACCUACAUGUCCUACUUCCUCAGAAAUGUAACAGACAGUGACAUCCUUGCUCUGGAGAGACGGCUGCUUCAGACUAUGGACAUGAUUGUCAGCAAAAAGAAACGAAUUGCUAUGACCCGGAGGCAGAUGUACCAGCGUGGGGAAGACCAGAACAAACAGACAGGAUUCUGGGGCAUGAUCAAGAGUGUCACCUCUACACAAACGGGCAGUGAAAACCUCUCGCUGGUCCAGCAGGAGGUUGAUGCUCUUGAGGAGUUGAGUCGGCAGCUUUUUCUUGAGACUGUAGACCUCCAAGCCACCAAGGAGCGAAUUGAGUACUCAAAGACAUUCCAGGGAAAAUACUUUAACUUCCUUGGCUACUUCUUUUCCAUCUACUGUGUGUGGAAAAUCUUCAUGGCCACUAUAAACAUAGUGUUUGAUAGAGUGGGAAAGACGGAUCCAGUGACGAGGGGCAUUGAAAUUACGGUGAACUACCUGGGCAUUCAGUUUGAUGUUAAGUUUUGGUCCCAACACAUUUCUUUCAUCUUGGUGGGAAUAAUCAUCGUCACAUCGAUACGUGGCUUACUCAUCACCCUCACCAAGUUCUUCUACGCAAUAUCAAGCAGCAAGUCUUCCAAUGUCAUCGUGCUCGUCCUCGCUCAGAUCAUGGGGAUGUAUUUCGUGUCGUCUGUGCUGCUGAUGCGCAUGAGCAUGCCACUGGAGUAUCGCUCCAUUGUGACAGAGGUUCUGGGAGAGCUGCAGUUCAACUUCUAUCACCGCUGGUUUGAUGUCAUCUUCCUGGUCAGCGCUUUGUCCAGCAUCCUCUUCCUUUAUCUGGCCCACAAGCAGGCACCAGAAAAACACAUGGCACUCUGAUCUCCUGAAGUACAUCGCCUCUCUUUGGACUCAUGAUGCAUGGGCUAACUUUUAAAUUUGGAAUUUAGAGAUAUCCAAAAUUACAUUUUUUUUUAUAUGUAUAUGUUGGACAUAUUUACCUGGACUGCCUUUUCCUGAAUCAGGAAUGGUGGAUUUGGGGGAAUAAGUUUUGGGGACAUUUUGGGGCACACAGAACAACUUUGAAUUCUCUCCUCUCUUGAAAUUAAAGUAUUUACAGAACAUUA